GUUGUGGGGCCGUGAAUGCCAUACUUGCGUGCCAAGUGGAACAGUCACAGCGAGCACCACCACCACCACCACGUACUUUCCUUCUUAUUGGAGCGUCGGUGUCGCGGAGUCUUGUGCCCCACCCACCACCACAACGCCGGAUCCUCGAGGAGACAGACGAUGGGAGUUGGUGGGAGCUGCAAACAGCAGCGCCUGUCGCGGGAGCAGCCUGGACGACAACUCCCCCAGCCACUACAAAGAUCCUGGAGCUGUGGUGACGGCAAAAGACAUCGAAGAGUGCAAAACACGAUGUUGGGAGCAAUUCCCGAGUUGCAAAGGCAUAGAGUACAGCACUGGCCGUUGCGAACUCUGGACACGACCGGAGGGGAUUUUCAUGACAAAGAAUCUCAGCGGCUUCACCUGCAUGCGUUAUGGAUGGGCCGGAAGCUUCCACCUGCAGAAGGAGUACAGCAGUAACCGCUACCUGUCAUAUGCAUGUCGUGGAAACGAUCCGGCUGACACUGAUCCAAGUUACUACACAGUGGCAUCCACAGCACUCAUUCAGGAUUGUCGAGCAAGGUGCGUCGCAGCUCCCGUCUGCCGUGGCUUCGAGUUCACAAACGGCCGAUGUGAGAUCUGGAAUCGCAG